AUGCAGUGCAUAGGGGAUAUCAGUGAUGAGGUCUGGCAGGACUGCAUCAGUCUUUUCCUACAGACUGAGAUGUGCUGUGAUGCAGCAAUUAUCACCAAUUCUCCACCCUGGUUAUUGGCUUCUUAUCCUGAAGGGAACUUUUCCCAAAUGACCCGUGAAGAAAUUGAGACCUUACUCACAAAGGAGGAUAGAGAGAAGUUGUUUCUUCAGGGAAUCAUCCUUGCGGGGACCAAAUGCUUACUGAUCCGAGAUAAUCUGUAUACCGAAGGAAACAAUACCAUGGACCUGCGCACCAAAGGCCAGAGUCGAGGUAGCCAGGCAGUGACGGUAGUUCAGAUUGAGUCUGUAUACCUUGUGGUGAUGGGACAAAAAGGAACAGAAGGAGGUCCUCUCAAUCUCAAAGCUUUUGAGAUGGCAGGUUACAUCAGAGAGGCCAUUUUUCAACACAUGGCCCAUUUCUAA